AUGAUAAAAGAAAACUACCUAACAUUAUCUUUGGAAGGUGGGCUUCCACAUCACAUAGAAGUACGAGAAACUCAAGGGAAAAUUAAAGGAUGCUACUGGUACAAUAAUGUGUUGAGAGAAUGUGAAGGCCUCAAAGUGAGAACUGAGAAGAAGACUAAGACAAAUAACAGGGUGACCAGACAAAAGCCUGAGCUGGUCCGUCCGGCGAAGUCCACUCCUCGGGAAUGCAAGCUCCUCUCUGACAUCGACGAUCAAGAGGGUCUUCGCUUUCAAAUCCCUGUCAUCCAGUUUUACCGCAGCGAUGAUGGCCAAGAAUGCGCCGGGAGGAAGCUGGUGGUGGACUGCACGGGGGAGGGUGUCAUGUUCAUUGAAGCGGAUGCAGAGGUGACGCUGGAGCAGUUUGGGGAAGAACUUCAGCCUCCAUUCCCCUGCUUGGAGGAGCUCCUCUAUGAUGUUCCUGAGUCUGCAGGAGUCCUUCACUGUAACUCGUUUGAGAUGCGGGGGUUUCAUCUUCGCACUGCGCCUGAAUCACGCUAUGUCCGAUGCUGCCGGACUAGUUCAGUUCAUGAAUGCGGUCGGCGAAAUCGCACGGGGAGCUUCCGCCCCAUCUGUACUGCAGUAUGGCAGAGAGAGCUCCUGAAUGCUAGAGACCCGCCAAGGGUGACGUGCACCCAUCACGAAUACGAUGAGGUAGCCGAUACCAAAGGAACCAUCAUUCCCCUGGACGAUAUGGUCCACCGCUCCUUCUUCUUCGGCCCGACGGAGGUAUCAGCUCUGAGAAAAUCCAUCCCGCUCGACAUCAGUCGCAAGUGUUCGACAUUUGAGAUUUUGACGGCCUGUCUCUGGCGCUGCCGGACCAUCGCCCUCCAGCCCGAACCCAAUGAGGAAGUCCGCGUGCUCUGCAUCGUCAAUGCUCGCUCCAAGUUCGAUCCUCCCUUGCCACAAGGGUACUACGGCAAUGCCUUUGCAUUUCCAGUGGCCCUGACGACUGCCGGAGAGCUGUGCAAGAGGGCUCUGGGAUGUGCGUUGGAGCUGGUGAAUAAGGCCAAAUGUGAUGUGACUGAAGACUACAUGAAAUCGGUGGCUGAUUUAAUGGUUAUCAAAGGGAGGCCUCAUUUCACCGUGGUGAGGACUUAUCUCGUGUCGGACGUUACUCGGGCUGGGUUCAAUGAGGUGGACUUCGGUUGGGGAAAGCCAGCGUACGGAGGGCCGGCCAAGGGCGGAGUUGGUGCCAUCCCCGGCGUGGCGAGCUUUUACAUACCUUUCAAGAACAAGAACGGGGAGAAAGGAAUAGUGGUUCCUAUUUGCCUGCCGGGCUUUGCAAUGGAUGCAUUUGUGAGAGAGCUGGAGAACUUGUUGAGCAAGAACCAUCAUAGUAUUGAUGAUCACUCCGCUUUUGUCAGAUCAGCCUUGUGA